AUGAUCCACCGAUCAUUUCUUUCUGACAGUUUUAUCAACCCCACUUUCGCAUUUACCCGUCGGACAUGUCUUGCAGCUUCAAAGACCAUCAUCAAAGAGUACAAGUGUGUUGUAGAUGAGGAUGGACCAACGCUCUGGAUACACCAAGCAUUCUCGGUCGCCGCGUCGGUCAUACUCCUGCUGGACGUUCUUCACAGAGACCCCAACGAUAGAGAAUCGGCUGAGCACAAGCAGCUUGCUGAGAGCGUCAUUGCGAUACUACAUAAUCACCGAAAUAGCAUGAUUGCCGUAAGGGGUAUCAAGCUGCUAGACAGCCCCAAAAACAGCAGAUCAGGAUACAAGUUCGACCUUCCAGGAUUCGUCAAGACGUUCUCCGUAGGCACGGCGAGCAGUCAGUCGGCUGGUUCAUCUUGUUCUGCCGAUCAACAGCAAUCACAAUUGGGCGUACAGGUUGAGGAUCCUCAAGAGAGCGAUAAUGUAGGCGAACGUGGCGGGGAAGACGCUGGCCACAUCAUCGAACCCUCUCUCGGUUACUCAUUUAAUACGGCGGGACUAGACGGCGCCAACAGCUUCGAAAACCUCUUGUACCAUGUGAACCACGACUGUUUUUCUGUGCCCUGA